AUGGGUAACCGAUCAUCUGUGAUGCUACGAGACGAUGAAAUUACUGCAAUUCAGAACGAAACAGGGUUUUCAUGCAAUCAAAUUGAGCGCUUGUAUAGUCGCUUCACGAAUUUGGAUAAGGGUGGCACUGGUGCAUUGAAUCAAGAGGACUUUUUGAGAAUUCCAGAACUUGCGAUCAAUCCCGUGGGCGAACGGAUCGUUGCAGCAUUUUUCAAAGAAAGUUCUGACGAUCAAGUGAACUUCAGGCAAUUUGUGCGAGUGCUGGCCAAGUUUCUACCUCCUAAUUCCAAGAAAAGUCCGAAAUUGAAUUCUGAAACAGAAAAACUCGCUUUUGCUUUUUCAAUUUACGAUCAAGAUAAUGACGGUUUCAUAUCGAAAGAGGAGCUGCUGUCUGUUCUGACUUUGUUAAUCGGUGCCAAUAUCAAUGCGGACCAACUGAGUAGCAUCGCUGAAAGAACAAUAAAUGAGGCUGACCUUGAUGGAGACGAGAAAAUUUCGUUUGAGGAGUUCAGACACUCGCUUGAGCGAGCGGGUGUGGAACAAAAGAUGUCCAUACGAUUCCUCCACUGA